AUGCUGUCGACUGCUGCUCGUCGCCUUCCGCGCGCCGCUGUGGCGCGCCGCGCCGCCGUGUCUGCUGCGCACCUCCGGCACCAGCACCAGCGCGUCCAGACGCGCACGUUAUGGGGGCUGCGUGACCUGCUCUUCGGCGCCAAGAAGCCGUCGGAGGAGGAGGCAGAGGCGGCUGCCAAGGCCCAAGCGCAGCAGCAGCAGAAGCAGCAGCAGCAGAGCGAGGCCAAGCAGAGCCAGCAGUCCAAGAAGGAGAAGGAGGUCGUGGUCGGCAGCACGGAUGCCACGUCUUAUGCUGUGGGCAAGCUCGCCAAGCUCGCGGACGGCGCCGUGCUGGCCUCGUGCGGCCGCACGGUGCUGCUCACGACGGUCGUGAGCGGUGACCACAACGGCAACCCGUCGGCGGGCUCGUCGGCCCAGCGCGACUUCCUGCCGCUUACGGUGGACUUCCGCGUCAAGUCGUACGCCGUGGGCCUCAUCCCGGACAACCAGAAGCGCCGCGAGUUCACCGGCAGCGACGAGGAGGUGCUGCAGUCCCGUGUGGUGGACCGCGCCAUCCGCCCGCUGUUCCCGCGCGACUACUGCGAAGACACGCAGGUGCUGGCCACCGUGCAGUCGUACGACCCGAACAACGACCCCCUUGUGGUGGCGGUCAACUCGGCUUCGGCGGCGCUGAGCAUGUCCGACAUCCCCUGGAACGGACCGGUCGGCUGCGUGCGUGUCGUCGAGGUGGACGGACAGCUCGUGGUCAACCCUACUGCGCCGCAGCGCGACGCUGCGACGCUGGACGUGCUGUACGCUGGAACUGCUGAGCGCGCUGUUAUGGUGGAGGCCUCAGGUGACGAGGUGACUGAGGCCCGCCUCGACGAGGCCUUGGACCUGGCACACGCCAACGUGCUGCCGGCUAUUGAGGAGCAGAAGAAGCUUGCGGCUGAGCACGGUAAGAGGAAGCGCGUGUACUCGCCGCUGUACAUCGCGCCGGAGGUGUGGGCCAAGGCGGAGGAGCUGGGCCGCGAGGGUGCCGAGGCGCUGAUUGCGCGUGGAAACGUCGGCAAGCUUGCUCGUCAGCAGGGAGAGCGCGAAGUCUACAGCAAGAUGCUGAAUGGCAUGCGUCAGCACUUCUCGACCGCUUCGCCGCCUGUGUAUGAUGCGGCUAUCCAGCGUGCAGCUCACGACACCUUCCAGCGCGUGCUCCGUGAGCGCAUCCUGACCAUUGCCAACGAAACGAAGGGCCCGAAGAACAAGGCCGUGCGUCUUGACGGCCGACCUGUUCGCACCGUGCGUCCGCUUGAGAUGGAAGCGGGUGUGCUGCCGAUGGCUCACGGCUCCUCCCUUUUCGCUCGUGGUGAGACGCAGACGCUGUGCUCCGUUACGUUGGGACCUCUGGAGCGUGGCAUUCGUCUUCGCGGUGUGCUGAACGAGGCGCGUGAGCAGGCUGACCCGAACGUGCCCACUCCGCUGAAGAAUGCCAUGCUGCACUACGAGUUCCCUCCCUUCUGUGUGAACGAGACUGGUCGCGUUGGUGGCACUAACCGCCGCAUGAUCGGCCACGGUGCUCUUGCCGAGAAGGCCGUGCUGCCUAUUCUCCCGUCGAUCUCGGAGUUCCCGUACACUGUGCGUAUGACCUCGGAAGUGGUGGGCUCGGACGGAUCGUCGUCCAUGGCUACGGUGUGUGGUGUUUCUCUGGCGCUUAUGGAUGCUGGUGUUCCUGUUCGCCGUGCCGUUGCUGGUAUCGCAAUCGGUCUUGUUACUGCUGGUGACCCGUUCGCCGGCCAGGAGAAGCGCAUUGAAGAGGGUGAGUACCAGUUGGUGACCGAUAUCCUGGGCUCGGAGGACCACUACGGUGACAUGGACUUCAAGGUGGCUGGCACGACUGCUGGUGUUACGGCUCUGCAGCUGGAUGUGAAGCUUCCGGGUGGUGUGCCGCUCCCUGUGCUGAAGGAGGGACUGCGCGAAGCCAAGCAGGCUCGCUUGCACAUUUUGCGCCGCAUGAGCAACGAGCUCGCUGAGCCGCGCGAGACCCUGAAGUCGAGUGGCAGUGCGCUGCCCAACGUGAGCGUGGAGUGUAUUAUUCCCACGAACAUGAUUGGAGCUCUGAUUGGCGUCGGCGGCAGCAACAUUCGCGAGCUGGAGGCGCGCUUCAACGUGUCAGUGAGCAUUGUGGACCGUCGUGAAGGCAUCGUGCGUGUUGUCGGCUCUGCUGACGAUGCUGAAAAGGCUCGCGAGUGGCUGCGCACUGACCUUGCUGCCGUUGCGAAUGCUGGUCCUCGCGGCAACAACAACAACAACGAGAACGGCAACGGCAACGGCAACGGUAAUUACAACAGUCGUGACAACGACCAGCAGGGCUCGAACAAGGGCCGAUCAUUCUUCUUCCGCAAGGACGAGCGCUACACCAUGCGCGUGACCCAGGUGAUGGACUUCGGGGCUAUCCUUGAGUCUUCUGCUGGCCAGCGUGGUUUUGUGCACAUUUCGGAGCUGUCCCGCGACAAGGUCAGCAACAUCCACGACGUCGUGUCCGAAGGCCAAGAGAUGGAGUUCGAGUGCCUGCAGGACGGAGCCUCUGGCAAGAUGUCCCGCCGCGUGAUCUUGGCUGCUGAGGACAACGGGGAGACCUCGUCGACUUCCACUUCCUCGGAGAGCUCGGAGCCGACGACGCCGCGCGCCGGCCACCACCACGCCCGCCGAGCAUCUUCAUCCCCCGCUGGUGCGGGUAAGCGCCGUCCGAAAACCGCUCGCCGUCCGCGCACUCAGUCCAAGUAGGUACGUAGUCACUUCGGAAGAAAGGAAGUUCUUCUCCUUCUUAUGUUUUAGAGCCCAAAGACCAACAACAACCAAUACAAAGAGAAACAACCAUUUGAAUCCGC